UUCUCCUGUGUAACCCCUGAUUGGCUGAGGGGAUUGCGGGUCCUGAGACGGAGCGGUCGCCUGGUAGCUGCGCGUCUUCCAGUGUGCGCAGCGCAGCGAGAGGAGCGCAUGUUUGGAGAGGAGAGUCAGUGAGUCGACCUGAAAAAGAGAAAGAAAAAAAAAAAAAUCUUGCUGCUGCUCCUUUUCCCCUCUUCAGCUUCUGCCUCAGUGCACGAGUCCUGGAUUCACUGCUGCAGCUUCAGCCGCUUCAGCAGCUUCAGCCGCUUCAGCUGCAGAGACCAACCACGUCCUCCCUUCCUUUUUUUUUUUCUUUUCAUUUUCAUUCACGGAUUUUUUUUUCUUCUUUCCUCCCCGGAUUGUUUUCCCUUUUUCAUCGGAAAAAACAAUCACCAGGAUUUGUGCAAGUGGAGGAGAUUCAAUUGCAGAUGAAAGACUGACCAAAAGAAAUCUGCUGGAAAUAACUCUGAAAAUUAAGGGGGAAUUUUUUUUUUUUUUUAAAGGUGGAACGGCUACUUAAGUAAUUUUGCGAGAGAGUCCAGCAGUUUGAAGCCGCGAAAGAAGCUGUUGAAUAAUUUGGUGUCAUCUUCAGAGGUGCAGUUUGUGCCGCCCAGAGAGAGAGAGAGGGGGGGAUUUUUUUUUUAUCACUGCUGCUUGUACUUAACACCAGCCCAGAACAAGAUGAUUAUCCAAAACCCUCCUGGAGGAGAACCAAACACGGACUUCUGAAGCCACAUUCUGUCCGAAAUCCUUUGAUUUCCCUUUUCUUCUGUUAGGAAUUUAAAAUUUUUUUUCUGCCAGUGCCACUCGAAAUACCGCUGUUCCACCUCUGUGCCGACCUGUGAGAGUCGUGCGUAAGCGCAGCUUUCGCCCGGAUUUACCCCGUCCGAAUGAGAAGAUUGGGCAUGUUUUCGCAGAUCUGCGGCAGACGAGACGACGUGCUCUGCCCCUGAAAGAGUGGAGAAAAAGAGGACAAAACAACCCGAGGGUGAGAAGGCACUUGUUACAAUUCCAACCUUUUUUUUUAACAUCAUGAUUUAGUUUGCGUACGCACGCGCCGCAGCACAUUCCUGGACAUUUCAAUGAGAUGAUUCAUUUGGAGCCCUUUUGCUCUUCUCUCUGACGCACGCAUUUCUUGUGCACAAUUGUUUAAGAAAAAAAAAACAAAAAACAAACAAAAAAACAAAAAUCAACAGGUUCGGGGCUUAAAGAGAGAGAGAGAGAGGGAAAAAAAAGAGACUAGAAUGAUGGAAUUAAUUCAAUCGAUCGCCGUGUUUCUCUUGUUCUGGCUCGGAACCGAGGCGGUGAUCAACCUAAAGUAUGGAAUAAACGAGGAGAUGAAGCCCGGCUCAGUGAUUGGAAACGUGACAAAGGACGCGCUGAAACAGGGAUUUCAGAUUGCACCGCAGCCUCCUUACUUGAGGGUUAUUUCCAAUUCGGAACCGCGAUGGGUGGAACUAAGUCCGGCCGGAAUCCUUACAACCCAAAUGAAGAUAGACCGCGAUGUGGUUUGUCGGCAGAACCCUAAGUGUGUCAUCUCCCUGGAAGUCAUGUCUAACUCCAUGGAGAUCUGUGUCAUUAAAGUUGAAAUCGAGGAUUUGAACGAUAACGCACCCAGAUUCCCCACCAGCCACAUCGACAUUGAGAUUUCAGAGAACGCGUCGCCUGGUACCAGGUUCCCCCUAGAGGGGGCAAGUGAUCCGGACUCUGGGGUGUUUGGAGUGCAGUCGUACUCCAUCACUCCGAAUGAGCUUUUUGGAUUAGAAAUAAAGACCAGAGGUGACGGCUCCAAGAUCGCAGAGCUGGUGGUGCAGAAGUCUCUGGACAGGGAGACUCAGUCUCACUACACGUACGAGAUCAGUGCCGAGGAUGGAGGAGACCCUCCAAAGAUAGGCGCGGUCCAGCUAAACAUCAAAGUGAUCGACUCUAACGACAACAAUCCCGUAUUCGACGAGCCCGUGUACACCGUGAACGUGAUGGAGAAUUCACCCGUCAACACCGUAGUCAUUGAUCUGAACGCCACUGAUCCAGAUGAGGGCACCAAUGGAGAGAUUGUGUACUCUUUCAAUAGUUACGUCACAGAGAAAACCAGGGAUGCCUUUAAGAUUGACCCCAGAACCGGGAUCAUCACCGUCAACGGGAUUCUGGAUUAUGAAAACACGCAGAUCUACGAGAUAGACGUCCAAGCUAAAGACCUGGGUCCGAACUCCAUCCCCGCUCACUGCAAAGUGACGGUGAACGUGAUGGACACCAACGACAACCCACCUGUCAUCAGUCUGCUCUCGCUCAACACGGAGAUGGUGGAGGUGAGUGAAAACGCACAGCGUGGCUACGUGAUUGCACUGGUCCGGGUGUCGGAUAAGGACUCCGGAGCUAACGGGAAGGUCCAGUGCAGGCUGCAAGGGAACGUUCCCUUCAGGCUGCAGGAGUACGAGAGCUUCUCCACCAUCCUGGUGGACGGCAGGCUGGACAGGGAGCAGAAGGACACCUACAACCUGACCAUCCAGGCGGAAGACAGCGGGCUUCCACCUUUACGCGCCACCAAGUCUCUGGUGGUGAAGGUGGCGGACGAGAACGACAACCCUCCCCACUUCCUGAAACCUCAUUAUCAGGAGAUGGUGAUGGAGAACAACCUGCCUGGAUCAUGUCUGCUGGCAGUCUCAGCAGAAGAUCCAGACCUGGGCAUGAAUGGAACGGUUUCUUACUCCAUUGUUCCAGGUGAGAUCAAGCACAUGGAUGUAAACACCUAUGUCAGCAUUAACCCCUCAGGGCGCAUCUACUCCAUGCGAUCCUUUGACCACGAGUACACCAGGACUUUCGAUUUCAAAGUUCUGGCCAGAGACAACGGGAACCCGUCUUUGUCCAGCAACGCCACCGUGAGGAUCGUGGUUCUGGACGUGAACGACAACACACCCGUGAUGACUAACCCACCGCUGGUCAAUGGGACCGCUGAGGUCUCCAUACCCAGGAACGCGGGAGUGGGCUACAUGGUGACCCAGGUGAAGGCGGACGACUACGACGAGGGCGAGAACGGCCGUCUGACCUACACCAUCUCGGAGGGCGACCGGGCGUUCUUCGUGAUCGACCAGGUGAACGGAGAAGUCCGUUCCACCAAGAUGUUCGGGGAGAGCUCCAAGUCCACCUAUGAGAUCACAGUGGUCGCUCGAGACCACGGCAAGCCCUCCCUCUCGGCCUCGGCCUACAUCGUUGUUUACCUGUCCCCCGACCUGAACGCCCAGGAGCCCAUUGGACCUGUCAACCUGUCCCUGAUCUUCAUCAUCGCCCUGGGCUCCAUCGCCGCCAUUCUCUUCGUCACCAUGAUCUUCGUGGCGGUCAAAUGUAAGAGGGACAACAAGGAGAUCCGCACCUACAACUGCAGUUUCUUCUACUUGCGCAGGGUGGCCGAGUACUCGUACGGCAACCAGAAGAAGUCCAGCAAGAAGAAGAAGCUGAGCAAGAACGACAUCCGCCUGGUGCCGCGAGACGUCGAGGAGACGGACAAGAUGAACGUGGUCAGCUGCUCCUCGCUCACCUCCUCCCUCAACUACUUCGACUACCACCAGCAGACCCUGCCGCUGGGCUGCCGUCGCUCCGAGAGCACCUUCCUCAACGUGGAGAACCAGAACUCCCGCAACACCGCGCCCAACCACGGCUAUCAGCACCCGUUCAACGGACAGAGCCACCAGCAGCCGGACCUCAUCAUCAACGGGAUGCCGCUUCCAGAGACGGAGAAUUACUCCAUCGACUCCAGUUACGUGAACAGCAGAGCUCACCUCAUUAAAAGCACUUCCACCUUCAAGGACCUGGAGGGCAACAGUCUGAAGGACAGUGGCCAUGAAGAGAGCGACCAGACGGACAGUGAGCACGACGUCCAGAGAGGACACUACGUAGACACGGCUGUCAACGACGUGCUGAACAUGACGAUGCCCCCUAAUGUCUGCCAGCUGCCAGAUCAAGAUCCCAGUGAAGGCUUCCACUGCCAGGAUGAGUGCCGUAUCCUCGGCCACUCCGACCGCUGCUGGAUGCCCCGAGUCCCGGCCCGUGCCAAGUCGCCCGAACAUUCUCGCAACGUCAUUGCCCUAUCCAUUGAGGCCACUAACGUGGACGUGCCGCACUACGAAGACGGGACCGCCAAGAGAACUUUUGCAACCUUCGGCAAGGAAGGGUCCGAGGAUGUAGAGAGGGGAGAAACGAAAGGAAAGCGGACUCAGGAGUCUCAGGUCUGUAGCCCCAAGGCCAACGGAGGGGCGGUGCGAGAAGCUGGCAACGGGCGCGAGGCGGCCAGCCCCAUCACAUCUCCUGUGCACGUGAAGAGCCCGGCGUCGAAGCAGCCGCUGUCCGCCUACAACACACUUAAAUGCCGAGAUGCAGAGCGUAUCGCCAACCACAGCUUGCUGCGGCAGCCGGAGGGAAAGGACAGUGAGCCAGCCGUUAGGGAGAUCAACACACUCCUUCACGACAGCAGAGACAAGGAGUCUCCAGGCAGCAAACGCCUGAAGGACAUCGUGCUAUAGGGAGUCCCUGCCCCUCACCGAAGUCCUGCACAUUUACAGAAAAUAGAUAUAUUUACUCUGCAAUAUCUCAAAGUCCGCAGAAAACUGCCAGACUGUGGAAGUAGGGACGGAAUAUUCUAAUCCCGCAGACUCCAGGACACGAUGCGUGCUGCAGCUCCUUGUACGCCUGGGAAAAAUGGCCUGUGGGCGUGGCUUUGUUAGUGUCACACAAUUUUUUUUUUUAUUUUGUACACUGUUAAAAUUAAAAAGUUGAGAAGUUUUAUCAAAAAAAUUUCAGGGUGAUCUCUGUUUGAGUUUUGGGCCAAAGUCAUGAUGGUUUAUUUUAGUAAAAUUGUAUCAACAACUAAUUUAAAAUAAAAUAGGAGAGUUAAUUUAUUUUAAAUUAUUGACCAAACAUUGUUUGACUGCAAGGUCAAAAUGUUUCAAAUAUUUUAAAGUUUAAAAGGAAUAAUACAGUGCUAUUUUAAAUUGUUUUUAUUUUAUCGCAAAUCUGGGACAAUCUUCUCGAAACUCCAUUUAUUAAACUUGGUUGGUACUUUAUUUAAAGUUUUUUUUUUUUUGAUUGAUUUAGCGGACAAAUUAUGAGCUGCCACAAUGUUCCUCAUAUGUAGAAUAUUUAUAUAUCAUGACCUUUUUUGUUUGUUAACGCAGGAUCAUAAAUUGUAAGCGAAAUCAAAUAGUCUUAUAAAACUUCCUUAAACCUAAAAACAUGAGUUUGGCUGAGAACAAAAAAUCGUUUGCCUUAAAAUUUUGAACAUUCUCCACUUUUUAAAAUAUUUUCACAGUGAACUCUGCGUUGGUUGUUUUCGUUCGUUUACGUCGCUUCAUCGCGUGGACAGGCAGGUCACUGUUGGACACCACGUGGACAUGCUGAUGGACCUUCCCAGUCCUGGACUUUCUCAGCAACUCCCGUCAUGUACAACCUACGCCUUCAAGAACUACUUUUUGUAGACACACGUACACUUACACACAAACACCUUUGGAUGUCUGCCUUCUUCUGAGGUUUUUUGCUACCAAAUCUAAAGAUCUUUCCGUGGAAUCAGUCUGUCAAAACAAGACACUGAGGAACAGCUCCUGAACAUUUGGGAAAAAGUGCUUUUUCAGAAUCUCUUUUUCGGACUCAUCUGAGGAACAUUUCCACAAGGACGACACUGGUGUCGUCAGUAUUUAUAUUCCAGUCGAGGAUGGAGCUAACCGAACUGUCACUUUCCUGAUCUGACACCACGAACAGUUUAAAAAGUGGGACAGUGAAAACCCUUGUGUUCAAAAAGAGUUAUGAAAAAAAAAAACACACAAAAAACAGACUUCCUACUUUGGUUAAAGUUUUCUCUUGUCCCCAACGUGGAUUGUAGCCAGUUGAGCACAAACUGUAGGACGUUGUGCUCUGGUCUUGUACCUAUAUUUUUGUUUUUUUUUUUCAAAAUUUUUUUUUCUUGUUUUUUUUUUGGACGUCGAUGCUGGGGCUAGGAUAGAAGGGAUCGUCACUCAUGUCUUGCUCUGUGAACAAACUCUGUAUAGGGUUUAAUCCUCUCUCUUUUUUUUUAAUUAAUAACCUUGUUGUUAUGUGACAAUCCCUUUAAAUGUUCUGUUUCCAGAGAAAGAAGAGGAAAAAAAAACAAAAACAUUGGUGUUUAACUGAAGCUAUGGUAGCGUUUGUUACACAAACACAAAAACGAAAAAAAAACAUAUAUGCCAAAAUAUAUUUUAUAAAUAAUUUAAAAAUGUAUAAUGAGGAUAUUUAAUGCUGUGUAGUUAUUUUAUGAGUAAGUUAUACUUGAAAUUAACUUGCUUUUUUGGUCCUUUUGUUGCAUUUUUACAUCAAAUUAAUUUUUUUAAAGAACUUUGAUUUUUUUUUUCUUUCUUUGUUUAAUGUGUGAACUCCCCCUGGCAACUGUUGACUUGUUGUAAAAGAGUUUCUUAUUGGUCAGUUCUUGUGCCAUCCAGUUUCUGUGUGGGCUACUAGAAAUAAUGAAAAAUGUAAAAAAAAAAUAACAAAAAAAAUAACAAAAACAAUAAAAAACAUUAAAACAACAAAAACCAACUACAGCACCAACAUUAGUGUGUCAGUUUAACAAGCUUAGUGUGAGAUAGCAAAAAGAAACCAAAAACGGAUUGCGCGAUGUGUCUUGAUCUCAGUGACUGAGGAGAAGAAAUAUCUGUUCAAAAGUAUCAAAACAUGAUGCUGUCAUCAAUAUCUGUUAUCACUGAAACACUUUGGAUUUGGAUCCAAACCAUU